UCUGCUGGAAAUGAAAUAUUUGAAUAUUCCCCCUCGCUCAAAACUUUUUUCCUCCGCACCGCCUUCAGUCGGAGCCCCGGGGAGCGGUGGGUGUGAUGCCGGUGAACGUGUGGUCGCUGUGCCGCCGUCGAAGCGCUCUCUCUGCGAUUCGACCACAGUAGAAACGCGGUAAGGUGAACAGCAGGACAGGAGCUCUAUGUUAAAGGACUGCACCUUGGAGAAAAGUGGCCACCCGGAGCCCGUAAGCAUGCGGGUCCUGUUGAGCGUUCUGUACCCCGUCCUUUCCCUCACCAUCUUCGGAUUGUAUCCCUCUAUGACUAUCGGACCAAAGGAGGGCUGGCAGGUGUACAGCUCGGCCCAGGAUGCAGAUGGGCGCUGUAUUUGCACAGUGGUGGCACCAGAACAGAGCCUGUGCUCCAGAGAUGCCAAGAGCAGACAGCUCCGCCAGCUACUAGAGAAGGUGCAAAACAUGUCUCAGUCCAUUGAGGUGCUGAACCUGCGUACUCAGAGGGAUUUCCAAUAUGUCAUGAAGAUGGAAAACCAGAUGAAGGGCCUGAGGACCAAGUUCAGACAGAUUGAGGAUGACAGGAAAUCCAUCAUUGCCAGAAACUUCCAGGAGCUUAAGGACAAGAUGGACGAGCUGAAGCCGUUGAUCCCUGUGCUGGAGCAGUACAAGAUGGAUGCUGCGCUCAUCUCCCAGUUUAAGGAGGAGAUCAGGAACCUGUCGGCAGUGCUGACAGGCAUCCAGGAGGAGCUUGGGGCCUAUGACUACGAUGAGCUCUAUCAGCGAGUGCUGCGACUGGACAGCAGGCUCCGUAGCUGUAUGGGCAAACUAACGUGUGGGAAAUUAAUGAAAAUCACUGGACCUGUUACAAUAAAGACAUCUGGAACCCGGUUUGGGGCAUGGAUGACUGAUCCUCUAGCAUCAACCAGAAACAACAGGGUCUGGUAUAUGGACAGUUACACCAACAGCAAGAUUGUGCGUGAGUACAAGACAAUGGAAGACUUCGUAGCAGGAGUGGUUUCCCGAACCUACAGCCUGCCAUUUAAAUGGGAGGGAACCAAUCACAUUGUCUACAAUGGUUCGCUUUACUACAACAAGUACCAGAGCAACAUUAUUGUCAAGUACAGCUUCGAGACAGGCAGCGUGCUGGCCCAGCGAGCUUUGGAAUUCGCAGGCUUCCACAACAUGUACCCAUAUACGUGGGGGGGGUACUCUGACAUCGAUGUCAUGGCUGACGAACUUGGAAUGUGGGUUGUGUACGCGACCAAUCAAAAUGCCGGAAAUGUCGUCAUCUCCCAGAUCGACCCUGACACCUUGCAGGUCCUGAAGACUUGGAACACUGAAUACUCCAAAAGGAAUGCAGGGGAAUCAUUCAUGAUCUGUGGGACACUCUAUAUCACUAACUCUCACCUGUCUGGAGCAAAGGUUUACUACGCUUACUCUACCAAGACUUCAGCUUACGAAUAUAUAGACAUUCCUUUCCACAACCAGUACUUUCAUAUCUCCAUGCUUGACUACAACGCCAGAGAGAGAGCACUGUACGCCUGGAAUAACGGACACCAGGUAAUAUUUAAUGUCACCCUCUUCCAUGUCAUAAAAACUGAUGAUGACUCUUAAACAUGAUACUUUUCCAACCACAACUAAAGCACCAUCAUUUGUGAUACAAGGACCUCCUAAUUAACCAUUUUUUUUUUUUUCAAAAAUGGACUAAGGUGUCUUUACUUGCCACUACUUGAACUUUUCUAAUUUGUGGCUCUGGAUUCUUGGAUGAGCUGAGCAUGGGCGCCAAUGACUUGAUACCAUACUGGAAAACAUGUUGUACAUUUUUUACACUUUUCCAUUGCUGCUGAUCAGACUGGUAUGCCUUAUUUGCUAUGUGUUGGGUCUGCCAGCCAAAGACUCUUGAUAGCUUUUGCAUGAAGGUCCACAUUUUGUCUGCAGUGAUUUCCUAUAAUAUAGCUGUGUUUUUGUUGCAAAUCUUUUUUGCUUACAGUGUUUGUCUAUUUAAAAGUCUACUCAAAAGUAUUUAAACUUUAAAGGCAACCUCUCCUGCAUAUUUGUUACCAUGUAAAGCUAGCUGAUUAUAAUAUAUAAUAGCCAUUCUUUUAAAGAUGGGCCUGUAAAAUAUUGCUGUGAAGUAUGUCUCUGUGGAAGAAGAACAUUUGUAUUUUUUAUAAAAACAAAAUCAUAGGAAAAUAUAUGUGCAUUUUCACUGAAAUUAAAAUAUUGUACAUUUCAUUAAAUGAUUUUGGCUGUUAAAAUUAAUAUCUGCCAUGAUUCUGGAGAAACAAUCAGCUUUCUGGGAACCAUUCUAUGAUUUCAGCCUAUUCCAAUCAUGAAACUAUGAUUGUCACACUGAAACAUUAAUCUGUCUUUUUUGUUUGUUUGCGUUUUUGCAAGACUGAAACCAUGCACUGUACGGGAAGGCAGCGUAGAGUUAGCGGUAUGCUACAGGUGUCUUUGUGUAUGUCCCUUUUCAUAGAGCUUUUUUGGGAAAUAAAUGAUGUGGGAACAUGACCUGUCACAACUUAAAUAGGAUAAUGCGAUCACCUCUGCCUUCUACUACCGAGGGAUGGGAGGAAAGGCUGAAGAAGUGGCCUUGGUAACAAACUAAGUUGGUUUAGCGUUAGCUAAAAUGUUACGCAGUUCAGGGACAAGUUGCAUUGUUCGCAGCUUGUUGUGGCUUAAACAACAGUGUGCCGAACAUAAACUGAAAAUGAAAAAACAUUGCUGUUCCUCAGCAAUAGUGCAGUGUUGAAGGAAAUUGUGCUUAGUGCAUAAUCCAUUUAUAACUUAAGAUGUGUUUAUUUUUAUCAAAGCAACCAUAUUUUUUUGCAUUUCCUAGAUGUGUUUCAUUUUAAUCAAAGAAGGCAUUGAAUUUAUGAUCAGAAAGCAACACACGAACAUUGGUUGGAACCAAGGUCGUUUUGUUGGGUAGAGCCCACUGAUUAGCACUGUUAUCACAGGGGAGAGACAGUGAAAGUCCUUUGUCAGAAAUCGUAUCUAGGAAUCCAGGAAUCGUGUCCCAGAUCGUCCUGUUCUGCAGGAGUCUAGAGGAUAAAGUUCAGGCAGACAGGUGUGUCACUUAGCAACGGCACAUGACCCAUGCCUCUAAAAUCUUACCCAUCAGAAAGUUUCCUUGUGUAAUAGCGCCUCCUAGUGGGUAACAGUGUAAUGGCAUACGAUCCCCCGAUAACCAAUCAGAGCCUUUCAGUAACUUCCAUGUUUUAAUCACUGACCAACCAGAAACAUCACAUCCCAUCAGGAGGAGCUUAGUAUGAAAGGUUUAAAAAUUGAGAAAUCUCACAGGGAGAAAUUCGUUGUCCUGCAUUCUGAAUCCAGACCCUUCGUAUUCCAGAUUUGUAUUGUACUUUCUGCAAUCCGAAUAAACUACUUUGUACUAAAUGA